AUGGCGUCUGUUGUAGCUCAAUCGAUGGAAGACUACAAAUACUUAUUCAAAGUGGUGUUGGUUGGAAAUGCUGGAGUCGGAAAAACGUGUCUUGUACGGAAAUUUACACAGGGUAUAUUUCCUCCCGGUCAAAGCGCAACGAUUGGUGUGGAUUUUAUGAUUAAAACAGUUAAAGUGGACAAUGAUAAAAUUAAGUUGCAAAUUUGGGAUACAGCUGGUCAGGAACGUUUUCGAUCCAUUACGCAAAGUUACUACCGGAGCGCGCACGCCAUUGUCCUCGUAUACGACGUCGCUUGUCAACCAUCGUUUGACUGUUUGCCAGAAUGGCUAGCAGAAAUAGAAUCGUAUGCUAAUAGAAAAGUACUCAAAAUUUUAGUAGGGAAUAAAGUAGAUAAAGGUGAUGAACGUGAAGUUCCUGAGCGAAUAGGUCAGGAUUUCUCUGAAGUUAAUGGAUUCGAUUACUUCUUGGAGACUUCGGCUUUGGAUGCGACAAAUGUUGACAAUCUUUUCGAGCAUGUUGCGCGACGGUUAACGAAUGAUAUGAAAGCUACGGAUCAAAGGUAUAGUAGCUACAAAUCCGAUGCAACUACUGGUAGUCAACCUAUAAAUCUUGUGGAAAGAGCUCAAAAUACUAUCAAUGCAUGCUGUGGACGAACAUGA